UAGAAAGUGUCAAAACCGUCGGAGAACUGAUUUUAGUUGAGUCGCGCUGGCUUCGUGAGCUUCCUGGCGCACUUUAGAGAAACGCGUAGUUGAAGAAGACGACGAGUCGUCGACAAAGACAAAUAAAAAGAAAGGAGAAAAAAAAGGGAAAAAGGACGGUAAAAUAAAGCGAUCGUGAUUGAUGACAUAUAUGGAAGCAGGUUCGAGGAGUUUCUGGAGCUUCGAUCCCGUUCUAGUCGGCUGUUUCGUAUUCGUUAUUUUCAGUAUUGUUAAUGCUGAUGCAGACAUAUCAGAUAACAAAACACUUGGAAGGGGACUCAAAGCAUAUCAGCCGCCGUAUGACAGAAAGGAAGAGGAUGCUUCCUCUGGUGCUCUAAUUCUCAAUGACAGUGAGAAGGAUAUUGACAUAAUUGCAACUUACAGUGAUGCUUCUGGCACUGUUAGAACAAGUAGGGUGAAAAUGAAGGACCUUUCUGCUUCAUGGGUUCUGGAAAACCCUAGUAAUGGAGAUCCUGACAACCUUAAGGGCCCACAGGUACUUAAACUGAAAGAUUCAUAUCAACCUAGCAAAACAUUUGAAGGAAAUGUUGAACAUUUUAUAGAUGAUCAUCAGUUGGAAGAAGGUGAAAUUCAAAAUCUUCAGAGGGCAUCAUGGAGCCCUGUGAAGUACAAGCGUCAGAUAUUGCGGCAAAAAAGGAGGGAUUUCCGUACUGCAGAACUCAUCCGUCAAGUUAAAGAGUCUGACAAGCAGAUGCAAGCAACAGCAGCAAUUGAGAGCUUGACAAAUAUGGACACUGUUGGCAAGGGAAAAUACAGCCUAUGGAGAAAAGAUUUUGAAAAUCCUAAUUCUGAUUCUACCUUGAAGCUUAUGCGUGACCAGAUUAUUAUGGCGAAAGCAUAUGCAAACAUUGCCAAGUCUAAGAACCAAAAUGCCCUUUACAAUUCUCUUUUGAAACAUGUCAGGGAAAGUCUACUUGUUAUUGAAGAAGCAAAUUCUGAUGCUGAGCUUCAUUCAAGUGCACUUGAUCAUGCAAAAGCAAUGGGCCAUGCUCUGUCUAUAGCAAAGGAUCAACUCUAUGAUUGUCACACAGUUGCAAGAAAGCUUCGAGCCAUGCUUCAGUCAACAGAAGAUAAUGUAGGUUCACUGAAGAAAAGGAGUGCCUUCUUGAUUCAGCUAGCUGCUAAAACUGUCCCAAAACCAUUGCAUUGCCUACCUCUGCAGCUAGCAGCAGACUACUUCAUUAAUGGAUAUCAAAACAAAAAGGAUCUUAAUAAAGAAAAGCUUGAAGAUCCUUCUCUAUACCAUUAUGCCAUCUUUUCUGAUAACGUACUGGCAACAUCUGUGGUUGUCAAUUCUACAGUGCUGCAUGCAAAUGAGCCUGAGAAACAUGUUUUCCAUAUAGUCACUGAUAAACUGAAUUUUGCUGCAAUGAAAAUGUGGUUUAUCUUGAAUGCACCUGAAAAAGCAAUAAUCCAGGUUGAGAACAUCGAUGAUUUCAAGUGGCUGAAUUCCUCUUACUGUUCUGUUCUUCGUCAACUCGAAUCUUCCAGAGUUAAAGAAUAUUAUUUCAAGGCAAAUCACCCAUCCUCUCUCUCUGUUGGGUCUGACCAUCUCAAAUACAGGAAUCCGAAAUAUUUAUCGAUGCUGAAUCAUCUUAGAUUCUACCUUCCUGAAGUGUACCCAAAACUCCACAAGAUUCUAUUUUUGGAUGAUGAUAUUGUAGUUCAGAAGGAUUUGACACCUCUUUGGGAUGUAGAUCUGCAAGGAAUGGUGAAUGGUGCAGUGGAGACCUGUAAAGAGAGCUUUCAUAGAUUUGACAAGUAUCUCAACUUCUCCAAUCCAAAAAUCUCAGAGAAUUUUGACUCAAAUGCUUGUGGUUGGGCAUUUGGGAUGAAUAUUUUUGAUUUGAAGGAAUGGAGAAAGCAAAACAUAACAGGAAUAUAUCAUCGAUGGCAAGAUAUGAAUGAGGAUAGAACUCUUUGGAAGCUGGGCACAUUGCCGCCAGGACUGAUCACAUUCUAUAACUUGACUUAUCCACUGGAUCGAAAAUGGCAUGUCUUAGGACUUGGGUAUGACCCAGCCCUCAACCAAACUGAGAUAGAAAAUGCAGCUGUCAUCCAUUACAAUGGAAACUAUAAGCCAUGGUUGGAUCUGGCUAUCGCCAAGUACAAGUCAUACUGGUCUAAAUAUGUAAAGGUCGAUAACUAUUACUUUCGACUCUGCCACAUUAGUGAAUAAUAGUUGACCAAUUUUUUUUUUCCUUCUUGCUUUCACUUAUUCACACAUGUAAUUCUUUUAUUACAGUAAAGAGAAGAAAAGGGAAAAUUUUUUAUGGUU